ACCCUCCUCUCCUCUCCAGAUAGGGUUGGGCCAAACAGCAGGUGGUACACAAGCGGAGCCAGGACGGGGUUUUGCAAAUCUGUGGCUCCCUGACUUUUGAGCCGGACAAGCAUGAAGUAGUAACAAAUGUCAAAUUGAGCUCAGGUGUCACGGGGGAAAGCGCCUCCGGUCGUGCCUCGCUAAAUAAAUGACCCACGUGCGCUCGGCCGCAAAACAACGCUCACAUCAAAUGACUCAGAAGAGGAGUUGUGACGGAGCGGAGGACGCGAGGCGCCAGCGUCGAUGCUUGGACACGGAGCAGGUCCGGAGCCUUGUGCUGGGUGGACUCUGAGGUCAGCAUGGGGCCGAACUAGCCAUGAACUAGCCAACUCCGCAUCCAUGACUUUCCCUCACAGUCGAACGAUGUAGCAGCUCCAGGUCACGCGCGUGUGGUCAGCGAUUCAAGUAUUCAGCAUGGAAGUGCAGAAAAUCUCCUUGGUCUGGAUAUAUCUUAACAGCACAAAGCAGCUGAACAGCUCAUACAAGUACAACACCACGGAGCUGACCGACAACUCCGACAAGUACCAGUCCUACGUCAUCGGCCUCUUCCUGUCCUGCCUCUACACCAUCCUCCUGUUUCCCAUCGGAUUUAUCGGUAACAUCCUGAUCCUGGUGGUGAACCUGAACCACCGGGACAAGAUGACCAUCCCCGACCUCUACUUUGUCAACCUGGCCAUCGCCGACCUCAUCCUGGUUGCAGACUCCCUCAUCGAGGUGUUCAAUCUCAACGAGCGCUACUACGACUACGCCGUCCUCUGCACCUUCAUGUCCCUGUUCCUGCAGGUCAACAUGUACAGCAGCAUCUUCUUCCUGACGUGGAUGAGCUUCGACCGGUACAUGGCCUUGGCCAGCUCCAUGACCAGCAGCUCCUUGCGGACUAUGCAGCACGCCAAGCUCAGCUGCGGCCUCAUCUGGAUGGCCUCCAUAAUCGCCACGCUGCUGCCCUUCACCAUAGUGCAGACUCAGCACAGGGGCGAGGUGCACUUCUGCUUCGCCAACGUCUUCGAGAUCCAGUGGCUGGAGGUGACCUUCGGCUUCCUGGUGCCCUUCUCCAUCAUCGGGCUGUGCUACUCCCUGAUCGGCCGCGUCCUCAUGACGGCCCAGAAGCACCGGGGGCUGUGGCCGCGGCGGCAGAAGGCCCUGCGCAUGAUCGUGGUGGUGGUUCUGGUCUUCUUCAUCUGCUGGCUGCCGGAGAACGUCUUCAUCAGCAUCCAGCUCCUGCAGGGCACGGCCGACCCGUCGCAGCGGACUGCUACCACCUUAUGGCACGACUACCCGCUGACGGGCCACAUUGUGAACCUGGCGGCUUUCUCCAACAGCUGCCUCAACCCCAUCAUCUACAGCUUCCUGGGAGAAACCUUCCAGGACAAGCUGCGCCUGUUCAUAAAGCAGAAGGCCGGCUGGUCCGUCGUCAACCGCUUCUGCCACCACAGCCUUAAUUUGCACCUUCCCGUCCGGAGCAAAGUAUCGGAGGUGUGAUUACUCGGCUGCGGAAUCCACAAAACGUGUAUCGCCCAGUGUGAAAUAUGACCUCAGCGCUCGUGAACUCUCCUUUUCUUCGCUUCGCAUCAUAGUUGUCUCAGUUAGCAGCUCACUUUCUGAACAAAAAAACAAAACAAAAAAAUAACAAAAAGCACCAGGAAUGCAUCUUCAAGGGACAUAAAUGUUUAUCUCUAAGUAGAGCACAUACAGCACUGUGCUCAUGUUUAUCUGCAUGCUGAUUGUAUUUGGUUGUAUCAUUUCUUCACAAUUUCCUCCAGAAGGCGAAGCAGGAAACAAUAAAUAAAAUGAGGAGCAAAAUGUCAGCGUCUGCCCUGGGAGUAGAGCGUGUACAGUGCAGAGGUAAUUAAUGGAUGGACGAGUCCCAGAGGAGAAUGAUUUUGUGCACCACGGGCAGUAAUGAAACAUUUUGCAUUUUUCUGGGCGCGUGGGACGACCUGGACAGAUAUCGAAGGCCGCCUGCGUAGUGGAAACACUGUGUGGCGUCAAAUCGAAUCAGGCUGCCCAUUUUCAGAGGCGCAAGCGUCCGCGUGCACGUCCAUUUGUUAGGGGUCAUGGGGGGCGAUGGGGCCGAUGGCGGCUGCCACCGAGUGAGAAUAUGCAGGUAACUGAUCAGCAUGGCUCUGGAUGCUGGAGUAAAAGCUCACAGGUAAGCGGGGAAAGCGAAAAGGCAUCCAUCAGACCAAAGUCAAAGCCAGGUCCUUAAGUGUAACAUGCAGAGGUGAAGAUUUAACAUGGGAAAACAAACAAAAAAAGGGCUUGAAUCCAAAUCAACGAAAAAGAGAUUAAUCACAUAAUGUGAGUUGUGCGUUAUUGAAAAAAUGAUGUAGCCAACGGCUUAUUUACACGACAAGUUGUUCAUGCUGAAUCUCUGAGUUGAAGAUAUGCAGUGCAGGAUGCAUUUUUUUCAGACAGAAUGUGUCGCAGUUAAUGUAGGAAUGACAAACGGCUGAUUUAUGGCCACUUGUCAGUUCACGUUAGCAUUAUGGCACAAGGCGCAAAGUAGCAGGUGUUGUUUUGCCAGAAGGGGGUGGAACUGGGUAAACACAUAAUUCAGUGGUGACAAUAUGAAGCUUUGUUAAUCGUUUGUUCUUAUCUAUCAUAACAUAAGGAGUGUGAUAAAAAAGAAAUGGCCGCCAUCGCAUUAAGGUAAUGGGUGUGACAUUCAAGGUUCUCAUUUCAAUACACAUUAGUUCACUUUUGCGUGUUAUUUGUUUUUAUUUAAAUUUUUGUGAUCCUGAACUACACCAGUGGAAGUCUAUAAUAUAUUUAGUUAUAUCAAUAACUACACCUCCAGAUGCUGCAAAUGACCAAGCUGCACUGGUGCACUACAUUUGUGUUGCAUCAGACUCUAGAGGGUCCAUGAAACCUGUCAUGAGCUUUUGCAAAGUAUUUGUUUUACAGUAUGUGUUAUUACAAAUUCAAAGCACUUUCUAUGUGAUCUGUCGUUUUGUGUGUAAGAAACGUUAAGACGAGGUCUAAAAGUCACGGGAACCAGAUUGGACCUGAGAUGAAGCUUGUUCUUUUGGACUUAAAAAUUGGGGUACUGCCACAUUGUGGUGAACUUGUUCUGUGUUUGUGUAUCAUCCUGCCUUGCUGUCGGAUGGGAAAACCAGGAGUCCAGACCACAAAAUGUUAUUCCAGCUGUAAUAGUCUCAGCAGCCUGGGAAACAGAGCUAACUUUUGUUUGAGCGAUUGUUUAUCAGAGCACGGCAAAAAUGCAAAACAUGUGGUACAGGUUACUAAAGAUUAUUUUGUGUGAUUUUUCCAUGACUUAUUUACUUCCCAUCCCAUUAAAACUCUCAGCAUGUUCUGCUUCUCAUGGUUUGAUAAAAAAAGUUGUUCCAAGUAUACAUUAGAUUCUGUUUCUGCAUUUUGUUUGUGUUAGUUUGACGUGUGAAGACUAGAAUCUUCUGGACGAACAGCUGGUUCCCCCAAAGCCACAGACAGCACGAGGACGGGCCAGUAAUAAUGCAAUGAGGGCUGUCAAGUUCAUUGAUAUAAACAAGCAACCCCUAGACACCAGAGCGCAGGACCCACCAAGUUCAAACCAGAGGGAGACGCAAAGGGCCGUCUUUACAUCACACAUGCACACAUCUACACGCUACACACACGACUGGAGAUCUGAGGCUGUGAGAAGAUACUGACAGGGGACUGUGUGUACAGCUGAGAUUACUGAGUGAGGUUAAAGGUUUGUUGUGACUGACGUCACAGAGAGAAGAGGGGUGUGACUUUCCAUCUUGUUUACAUCCACAAUCUUUAAUUCGGAUGAUGCUGAAUAAAGAAUUAUCUUACAAGCAACUAUUAUGUGACGAAAGAGCAACAUAACCUAAUCUAAUCUUGUACUGGUCAUCUUUAAAUCGGUGAUAUUUGCAUAACUAAAUGAUGAUAAGAAUGUAAUCUAGAGAAAUAGUAUAAUGGAAAUAAUGGUACUUUUUAUUGGAAAGAGAAAUGUUGCCACAGAAACAGACAUAAAAGCCGCCCUAUUUAUUACAUGCAACGUGUGAAUAAAUGUUUGUCUGUUUGUGUUUUCAUCAGAAAGGUACACUGAGGAGGGAUGGGGCUUGUCAAGGUAAUUACAAUAGGCUAGAGAGGAGCACAUGCAUAAUUAUAAGGCCGUGCACUCCGUUGACCUUAGCAGAUGAAUGUUGGAUUAGACAUAUAAUUGCAUUUGUAAAUUAAAAUCGUUCACAGGACAAAAAAGAACUGAUAGUACAGAUUAGCUUCCUACAUGCAGAAGGAC